AUGAAAGCUUCGAUAAGUGCGGUGCUGCUGUUGGUGGGACUGGUUUUGGCAGACGAUCGCUGUCCACCGGUGGACGAUCCGCUCGUACCACCGGUUCUGCUUCCACAUCCAACCGACUGCGACAAGUUCCUGUACUGCAGCCAUGGUAUGGCCGUCGUCAGCAAGUGUCCGCCCGGGCUGCAUUGGAAUGAUGGCCAGAAACGGUGCGACUACCCGUCGGUGGCACACUGUCAGCCGGGCGUAUCGCCCACUCCCCAGCAUGCACCCGAACCGUCACCGAACUGUCCCGCGGAAUACGAUCCCGAUCACAUGGUGUAUGUGCCGCAUGAAACGGACUGCGCCAAGUACUAUAUCUGCGAUCCGCACGGUGUUGAGCUGGAGCAGACCUGUCCGUCCGAGUUGCACUGGAAUCCAGCGGUGAACUACUGUGAUUUCCCCGAGCUCGCACAGUGCGAGGUGCAGCGUUGGGCGGAUUGA